AUGGCUUUCCACAACCUCUGUCUGCAGGUUCUACUGCUAACUGCCUUCCUCUCCUACUGCGCUCACUCAGAUGGCACAGCGGAGAGCAAGCUCCACAGACUACUGAAGAAAAGAGAUGUGGGCGGAGGUAUGAAGCCUGUGGGGGUGGCGGUGACCCCCUCCAAGGCCAAAGAGUUCCUGACCUCCCUACGGAGGCCCAAGAGGAACAUCUGGGACCGCAGCAGGCCAGAUGUGCAGCAAUGGAUCAUGCAGUUUAUGCACAUGGGCUAUGACGAGGCGAGGCUUGAGACUGACCUGUCCUACUGGAUGGACCUGGCCCGGUCGUCAGACCAAGGUCGCCAGCACCAUUAUGACGAGAACGCCCCCAUCGGGCCCCAGGACCCCGGGUCCUACAGACACGGCGCCAAUGUCAAUUAUGACUACUAUUAA